GGUCCUGAAGAAGACAGAAGACGCUCUGGUUCAUCACUGAGAUCGCGCUGAAUGGCCGACAUUGCUGCAGUGUGUCGCUUGACCGCCUAAAUAUCGUAAAACCAAAUCAAAUCAUUUGUGGGAUCUGUUUACGGUGACUGAUACAGUCCCUUCAAUGAAUGCCAAUGGCGCUCCCGUUAGGCGUCAUCUUGCUGGUGGUGGCUGGCAAUUGCGUGGAAGCCUAUUCAAUGAAUGAUUUUGUGUCCUUCACAUCUACUUAUUGCCCUGGAUCAUACAACUGUCAUCAGCGAAACGAAACUUUAAGUUUUCCAUAUAUGUGCGAAUGUCAUGAUGACUGUCUCAAGCACAGCUCCUGUUGUUAUGAUGCUCCUGCUUACGAGAAGAGAGAAAUGAAAAGAAGCCUCGAGAGAUCGAGGUGCGUCUUAAAAACAAAGAUGACUGUCAGGUGCUUAGACGGGUGGAAAGAUAGAGAAAUCCAAGAGCUGUGUGAUACAGCCUCUCCUUGGAGUUUCUUUCGGAGCAAAGAACCAUUUCUUCAUCUUCCUGUUACAAGCAAAGUAACCAACACUACAUAUCCUAACUAUUAUUGCGCCAUUUGCAAUCGCGAUGCUGAACACAUCAAAGUUUGGAACUAUUUAUUUGGUUGUAAAUACCCAUCACAGUCAUAUAUUGUUGGAAAGAAAUAUUCGCCAUCAGAGCUGAAAAAAAUACUGGAUACUUUGGCUGUUAAAAACUGCUCUGACUGCAGUAUAGGUAAUGGCAUGAUGACCACCAAUCCUACUUAUUCAGAUGAAACACAAGAGUGGAGAAUUUCCAUAACGACCAACAAGGGAAAAUUAUUUUUCAGUUGUCGACCAAGUAUUUCGGCAGGAUUAAUAGGGGAACCAUUACAUAGUUGUGUGGAAGAGAUAGAGACAUGUGCUGAAAACUGGAAUGACAAAGAAGUCGAAGAUUUAUGUAAAUCCUUUAAAGGCUCAAUAAGCAUACAAAGACCUCUCAUCAGUUACAGGAAUGUAUUUUGUGCAAUUUGUAAUAACGUUUUCAAUGCUCACCUAUGCCAUCGGUACCCUGAGAUAGGAGUAUCAGAAUUUUACCCUUACCCUCUUCAAUUCCUGUAUGAAGUUCCAGAUAUGAAGAAUAAGGAUUUAAAAUUGAAAUGUGAAGCCGAUGAAGAUUUCUACCCCAAUUACUGUACUAAAGAAAAGCCAAAGAAUAUUUUGUGCCAGUUAUCAGAAAAUCACUACGGUGAUUUCUGUAUCAAAAGAGACCAUGCCCCGAAAAGCUUCUUCUCUGAUCCUGGAAGAAAUAAUCAGAUGGAUGGGGAGAACAGUACUGGUGAUGAGAUUGAGGUUCACAAAACUGUUUCAAGUAAGAGUUCAAAUAAAAUUCAUCAUAUGAAUGGAACUCAUGGGGAUACUUUGUUGACCAGAAUUCUAGAAACAGAGAAAUCUUCCUUCCUCAGCUGGGUUACGUUUUCUCUGAUCUCAGUAUCUAUGGCGUGUCUCCUGCUUCAUUUGGCAAUCUCUGUGUUAUCGAAAGAGCUGAGAAGUCUGCCAGGAAGGAACCGGGCUUCACUUUGUCUGUCUUUACUUCUCAGUUACAUCACCUUCAUUACGGGACCUUUUCUUGAAACAAAUACAACAGCAUGCUAUGUUUCAGCUUCAGUCAUGUACUUCAGCUGGAUAGCCUCUUUCUGCUGGAUGACUGUCAUAGGGUUUGACACAUGGUGGUGUUUUGAAAAAACGGCUACAGACUUUCACCUUGCUCAAGGCUCUGGGUGGUUCCGGUUCCUCCUUUACUCAGUUUCUAGUUGGUUGACCUCGGCAAUGGCUCUUGCAGUCCUCAUAAUCAUUGAUCAAAUACAACCUGAAGGUAUUGACAAAUCCUUACUUCCUAAAUUAGGGCGAGAGAUUUGUUGGUUUGGAGAAAAUGAGUCUUUGCAAGUGUUCUUUGUGUAUCCAGUGAUUACAGUUGUUGUUAUAAUUACCAUUCUCUUCGUUCGAACAGCCUGGGUUAUUUUUAAGUCAUCUCAAGGAAAUGGGAAUGUAACGAAGAACUGUGCCAGAAGAAAUCUUUUCAAGAUAAAUCUGAGACUCGGUGUCAUCAUGGGCAUUCCCUGGACGACUUACAUCACAUCAUGGUAUUUUGGCACCACAUUCUUGGAGUAUAUUUUCGUCAUCAUGAAUUCAUUUCAAGGGACUUUCAUCUUCUUUGCCUUUUCGUGCAAAAGGGAAAUAUGGGCAGGUCUUCUCAAAAAGUGCCAAGCUGCUUUGAACAAUGUAAGGAAGAACGAUAUUCAGCAAACAACUUCAACACUUGGAAUUCAAGAUGAACAGCUGUGAAAAUGGGCAGAAUCUCCGAGACAUCUACAAAGGAAAAUGAAAGAUCUUUGUUUCUAAGAUGAUUUGGAACUAAUGCCGAUGGAGAAACACGAAGUGUCAACUUUGUCGAAAAACUUAGAGGACGAAGGUGAGGGAUCCCCAGAAUAAUCAGAAAAUCCCAGAGCCACUGGCAAUGAUGAUCGUCCAGUAAUCAAGCCUUUUAUGUUAUAUACAUUUUAAUGCGAUUAUUAUCAUUCAAAGUUUUGUAUCUUAAUCAUUUGUGUCUGAUGAAUUGUACACCAACAAAAUGAAGAUGAUACUCCUACUUCAUAAGGACUGGCAGACCUGUUUAUGAAAGAAAUAAAGCCACAUGAG